GCAGUAAGUGUGUGUGCACACGCAUGCGCACACCAGGACUUUGUUGAUGAGCUCACUCCUGAUUUGCAGGGAGUUUGAGUCAGCUUCUCCACAUGGAUCAAUAGCUACAAGAAUCUGUAGCGAUUGUGAAUUUUAUUCAACGGAUUAAUGGCUGGAACAACUUAAUUCAUGGUUAGUGCAACUAAAACAUUAGUUGCUUUCAUCUGCUUUGUAAUACACUUAAGUUUUGGGGUUUGACAAAAAUAAAAAUGGCACGACUCUUUUCGUACAGGCAGAUGAAACCUUUGGAAUGGACACUUGAGUUUGAUGGCGGUUCAGUUACAUUAUGAAGCAUAGCAGCAGCCCUUUCGAACGAGCUAGUUGUGUGGUUGCCAUAUUUUUUUGUUGGCAGGGCUCCUGUGCCUUUGACACCUGCAAGGACAGGCAGAAAUAAAGCCGGGCUGGUUUUCCCUCACUACAGAAAGCAAGGAGAAGUUUUAUCUGGUUGGUUUCUGUGUGUGCACACGCUUCGUGCAACUAGUAAGACAAACAGGAAUCCUGUUAGUGGGGAGGUAGCAAGUGGAAGCACUCUCUGCUGGGCAUGGCAGCCUUGUUCUAGAUCUGUUUGCAUGGCAGUUGGAGGCAGGAAGAGUCCUGCCAAAUUCAGCCGUGACGCCCAAAUCCUUACACAUACAGGCACACUCAACAUCUGGACCUAUUGAGGUGUGCAGGAACAAUGUAAAAAAACACCCUUCUACAAGAGGGGCCACACUGUUCAAAUUCAAUUCCUCAGGUAUGCAUUGGAGAGCUUUCUGGACUGGGUCCUCCUUAACCCACCUUCACCCUUCCACAUUCCCUCAUUUCAACUUGCACUGUCUUACUUGCGCUACUUACCCUCCUCUUGAGGUAGGCAAAUGUUAUCCUAUUUCAGCACGUUAAAGACAACUGAGGUACAGAGGAAACCAAAGGGACAGACCUGCAAUUCAGGGGCAGAAGAGGCUGUCUCAAAAUCCUGACUUUCCUGAGCCAUGCUGCUGUUCACUGGAGGACUGGGAGAUAUUCCAGCCUGGGAACUUCCAGAUAUUUUGAACUACAACCCCAUCAACCACAGCCAACGUGAAGGUAAGUAUUCAGGAAUAUUUGUAGUCACCCUGAGGGUCCUAGGGUCGACAGAUAAUACAGGGGUCGACAAAGUUUUUGUGGCUUGGGCCACUCCACGGUCCCACAGACGCCGCAGUUAGCCGGAGUGUGCACGCACGCAUGCACAAACGCUAUUUCCGGUGCUCCUUCUGGCGCGGAGAAGGCGUGCACAGCUUCCUGCAGCUAAUGGGAAGCCGGGCAGUUGUCACAGAAGGCAGUUCCUGCUCUGCUCCAUGCCGGAGCACAUGGGAGCCGACCUAGCAGGCAGCGGGGGUCCAUGGGCCGGUUAAACGACCCCCAUGGACUGCUUGUGGCCCAUGGGCCUUAGGUUGCCGACCCCUGACAUAAUACAUUGAGACCGAAAAUUAACAAUUUAAAAUGGACAGCCUAAGAACAGCAGACAAAACAAGCAGUUGUAGUCCAAAAAAUCUGGAAGGCUGCAGGUUGGAGCUGGCUAUCCCAAGGCAUGCUUUGCAAAUAAAAAGACCCAACAAAGCCAACAACUAUGGACAGCAGCUUGGCCAACAAGUAGCAACAACCCUAUCGCAAAUUUUGUGAUGUUUCUCUCCCUCUCAGAAGUCUCUAAUGGAGGUCAGAGAAAGAACUCUGUUCUGCUGUCACCAUCGGUUUAAAAAUGGUUAACACGGGUGAUGUUGGCUGCAAAGGAAGUUCCAAGGCUUUACUUUUCUGCAGAGUUUUUCCCCUCCUCGUUUUGUGCAGUUCAUUAGCAGCAAUGAAUAGAUGCCAGCUGAAAAUACAUCUAGCAUUAGCCAAGCUUGGCGGUUUCAAAGCUUUUAGCUAUGUUUACGAAAUACAAGGAGACCAAACACGCUGAAUUAGGUCACUCUCUCGUCUAGGGCAUCGGGGGAAACGUUCCAAUACAAACUGAAAAUGUGCCAAUGCAUUAAGCCUAAGUUGCAAAAGAAAGCUUCCCCUGAAAGUUUUGUCAAUUCUAGAUUUCCCUGGAAGCCCCCCUUACAGGUUAAUUAACAUAAAUCAAUAUAAUCUCCAGCCCCAUCAGAGUUUUAUAGAGAACCCAGAGAGACAAAAUAGCAAUGAAGGCAAAACAGAAACAGUAACAUUAGUCAAACGUGAUAUUUAGGCUGCAAUGCACGCUUACUGCAGAGCAGGGCCCACUGAACUACUCCAGAGGGUUGCACUGUAAAACUUGCAGAACCCAUCAGGUUAAAAGAAUAAAUUAACUGAGUUCUAAUACUGAGGAACACACUUGCUGUGUCCUUUACUGAAACAUACACAUCACAUAUGAUGGGAUGCAGCUGUUUGGAAUUUUAGUGUGUCUUGCUGCUGUUGCAAUUUUACAUUAUGGACUAUUCACAAUAUUAUUUAAAAAAAACCACCCACAUGUCUAUAGUACAAACAGUUCACAGUGAAUUUUGAAAUGUUAGGCCAGGAGAAGAACUGCCUUUUGGAAUAAUGGUCUAUCCAGGAUCCCAAGUAAAGCACGUCAAGCAGCUACAUUGCCAAAAAUAAUUAUUUCCUCUCUCCUUCUGUGCUAGGCUUUCAGCUCUGGACCCCCCAUGUCGGAAAAGGCACCUGUUACAGGAGCCUGCAGCAACAAGGCCUUUCUAGUCAGUGCUUGCAGUGCAAAAGAAAGUCCAGCAAAGCUUUCUAAUGGAACUGUUUUGUUCUGAAGAGGGCGGCAAUUUUCUUCCAGUAGAAACAAGAUUUUCUGGCAUUUAAUGGGUGACAGGUUUUGGGGGCUCCAUCACAUUCUUGUGAAUAUUGGGGGGUUUUUUUGCCUAAGCUCUACUACUGUUUCCUGCCCCUGCAGGCCAGUCCCUAGAACACCAUGGUCUGGGAGAAUUGUAGGACAAUUGCAGGACAGGAGGACAGAUCCCAAAAGGAACCCUUCUAGGAACGCUCUCCCAGGAUGAGAGUAGAUGCAAAAAUAUAUACGUUGGGCUCCGUUUACUGCAAACGUACUUUGGACUCCAACCGUACUAGAUCCAGAAUACAAUACAACUGUUAUCACAACCACAGAGAAGAGGCAAGCAACAGCUGCCCAGAUUUCUACAUAUUCCACUAAGAAUCUGGUCAGAUC